AGUCCGACUUUUAAAGUCAAAUUUUUAAAGUUAGAUUUUAAACCGACUAUUUUGAAAAAUAUACACAAAAAAAGUUUAAAAACAUGACAAUGAAUAUCCCUCACCUGGAAUCAGUAACUGAGAAUAUUGACACAUUUGCGUUGGGGACUGGGCGGCUGGAGCUGCCAUAACAAAGCUCCACCGACCGAGUGGCUUUGAAACAGAGCCUGCCGUCUCACCAUCCGAGGGCUGGACGCGCAGGAUGGAGCUCCGCGGGGUCAGCUCCCCGGUGCUCUGAGGAGGCUCUGCUCAGCCUCUCCCGGCUGUGGCUUAAAAACAGACCUGCCCUCCUGACGUCGGGAGCUGGACGUGCAGGACCGAGGGCCACAGGGUCGGCUCUCCGUGCUCCGAGAGGGCUGUGCUCAGCCUCUCCUGGCUGGGGGGCUUUGUGGCCACCCUCUGUGUUCCUGGGCUUCAGAAGCAUCCCCUGGGCUCUGCCUUCAUCUCCGCACGGGUGAGUGUGGAAACUGCCCAGCCCAGUCCCUGACACGCUUUUCUUUUAGAGACAGGGUCUUGCUCUGUCGCCCAGGCUGGAGUGCAGUGGUGUGAUCUCGGCUCACUGCAGGAAACCAGGCGUGCUGGGUGCUGGGUCAGCCCCCACCUGGCCCUGUGCCCUCAUCCUACCUAGUCCCAGCUGCCGUCACCCUAUUCCUAAUAAGGCCGCCUUCCGAGGUAACGGGGUUAGGACUUCCGCAUAGGAAUUUGUGGGGACACAGUUCGGCCCACAGCCCUUCCCACCUCCACACACACACGACUGUGAGGAGCUGGAAGACCCCACUCCGCGCCCCUGCCAGGUCCUCUAGGGACAAGCUCGCUGUCCUCGUCCCAGCACAGCCCCUGGGCCAGUUUCCUUGUCCCUAAUGGGACCACAGUCAGAGAUGGUCUGGUCUGGACCAGCAGGUUCCUCCCCCCGGGGCAGGCACACCUUUCUCUGUGCGCGUCCUGCAGUGUGGUCUCUCUGUGGGAGCACCCCCCGCCUGCGCCCCCGCCGCCUCACAGGCCUGUUCCACAGCCUGGGACAGGCUCUCUCUCCCUCCUGGCCCUGCAUAGGGCACAACUCACAAUCCUACAUGGAUCCAAGAGGGAGCAGCUGGGGAAACAACGGAAUCCCAUAGAAACACCCCGAAUCUAACUUGACCCAGGACCAGCCAGUGGUCAUUUCUGAAUAUUCUCCUUCUUAGUAGACUCUACCAGCCAAGGGAGGCCAGGAAGGCUUCCUGGAGUAGGUGGCCUGAGGACUGAGGCGAGGCAGGCCCUGCGUGGGGGUCGCCACUCAGCACCCCCACACUGGGCUUCUCUGGGAGCCAGAGUCUCUGAGACCGGCUGAGGGAGGUGGGGGAGAGGCUGCUUGAACCGCAGACACCAAGCUCUAGCCCCCACCCCACCCAGCCAGUCGGUAGAGGCAGCGGAGGCCGAGAGGCCCAGCUGGGCCUGCUCCCCGGGGUGGAUUCCAAAAUGAGGAGGGACGCAGCAGAGAGCCCAGGGUCCUGACUUGAGGCCCACUGGCCGAGGGCCGGUGCGAGCCAGACAGGAAAAGGGUUGGGCCUGUCAGCGAACAGCACAGAUCAAGUCCAGAGCGGGUCCCUCCACCAAUAUCUGCAAAUAAAUAGCAGUUAAGUUUUUAGUUACACGAACAAUGCACAGAUGGUUCCAUGGACAUUGCGGUGUGGACACACAGCAACCUUGGUCCUGUCGCCAGCACCUUGCCCUACAGCUGAGGGUCCCCUAGCACUUCCUAACCAUGCAGGGUCCCUGCUUACAGUUCCCAUGAUGACCCCCUGUUCCUCACCUGCCUGGAUGGAGGCCCCGAGGGGCUGCCUGCGGUGGUGGUACCACUGGGUCUCCAUUGCAUUCCCAGAAACCCAGAGGGCAAGGCAUUUCCCCUGCUCUGUGCUGAGUCCACCCAGCCCCAGCCUAGUCCCAGUAAGGACUGCAGCCUGCCCUGUCCCAGGCCGCCUCCCAGGAGUCCUCUUGGCCCUGAUGCCAGGAGCCCAUCUUCCUCCAUUCAGGCAGGUCUCCGAGUGCCCUGACCUGGCUGCCCGCUGGCCCUGAGAGUCACACUACCCCACUGCCCUCCUUGGUCAAAAUCCACUCUGGAGUGGCUGGGGGAUUCCCCGGGGCCACCCUGCACACGCUUCUGCAGGGAGCUUCCCCUGGCCGGCCGGCAGACAAGGGCGGUCUCAGAGAGGGGGUUCACCUCAGCAGCCCCUUGUGUAGCUGGCCCCCGCCCCUGCCACCUCUGGGCACACCACCACGAAGCUGGGAGACAGGCAUGCAGGUGAAGGAGGCGAGCGCUGGGCAACCAGAAGGCCAUGGGGCACAGAGGGAACAGGGACGCUCUGGGUGGCCUCAAGGUCACUUCAGACCCCUGGGAGGUGCUCAGUGAGGUUGGCACUAGGAGUUGGUCCUGGUCACAUGACAGCCCCACUACCUCUGGUGUCCAGCCAGCACGCCCUGGGCCACUAGAGCAGCAGCCCCUUCCUCCUCUAAGCUGACUGCUCCUUGAGUCAUCACCACCCCCCGCCAUAGAGGCCGCCUGUCCCAGGAAGCAGAGGGACCGCAGCUGCGGCAACCAGGACCCGGUCUCUGUAUCACUUCCUGGGGGGCCAUGCCCGGGCCCGAGAUGGAGCUGAGUGACAGUGCCCCAGAUCUGACAGUGCGGGGCUAGUGCCAUGUUUGGGGAACCCUGUGGCAUGGGACAUGUGGGUGGGCUGGGAAAAUCACCCCAUUGUGUGGCAUCUCGGGCCUGGAUCUUAAGCCCCUGUGUCAGUGCCUGCGCCUGGCAGAAGAGCCGCAACCCCCAGGUUGCCAUGUGGGCAUCCCAGGCCCUGGCCCUGGCAGGCAUAUGUUUCAGGAGGUCCUUGUCUUGGGAAGCCCAGGGUCAGGGGCCCGUGUCUGUCCACAUCCGAGGCAAAGGCCCACUUCGUCUCUGAAGCAUGUUUGCUGUGAGCGCCAGUCCCCACUGUCUUGCUGGAAAAUGUGGAGGCCCCACUGCCCACUGCCCACUGCCCAGGGCAGCAAUGCCCACACCACGUGGUCCCAGCUCUGAGCUUGUGCUAAAAAGGGGGUACAGACUGGACCCUGAGCCUGCCGAGGGGCCGCACUCCUCCCAAGGCGGGGGUCUCCAUGGGCCACCCAGUUACACUCCCCUGUGCCAGAGCAGUGCAGACAGGACCAGGCCAGGAUGCCCAAGUGUCAGGGGCUGGGGAUGGGUAGCCCCCAAACAGCCCUUUCUGGGGGACUGGCCUCAACAGGGAAGGGGGUGAAGACUCUUAGAAGGAAAUCGGGGGGACCCAAGUCAGAGCCAGGCUCUGGGCAGAAGUCGCAGCCUCACGUAGAAGGAAGAGGCUCUACGGUGGGGGCGAGUGCCCGUCCCGGGGCGGCAGAGGCCCCAGCAGAGACUUCUCAACAACAUUCCAGCUGGGCUGGCCCUUCCAGAGCCCUUGCUGCCCAAGGGAUGUGGGCAGGUGGCCGAGGAGGCUUUGUGGGGCCGCCCAGCCCCUUCCUCACCUCUCUCCAUCUCUCAGAAUCCCCGGACAGGCCCUGGAACCCCCCCACCUUCUCCCCAGCCCUGCUCCUGGUGACCGAAGGAGACAACGCCACCUUCACCUGCAGCUUCUCCAACGCCUCGGAGAGCUUCGUGCUGAACUGGUACCGCAUGAGCCCCAGCAACCAGACGGACAAGCUGGCUGCCUUCCCCGAGGACCGCAGCCAGCCCUGCCAGGACUGCCGCUUCCGCGUCACACAACUGCCCAAUGGGCGCGACUUCCACAUGAGCGUGGUCAGGGCCCGGCGCAAUGACAGCGGCACCUACCUCUGCGGGGCCAUCUCCCUGGCCCCCAAGGCGCAGAUCAAAGAGAGCCUGCGGGCAGAGCUCAGGGUGACAGAGAGAAGGGCAGAAGUGCCCACAGCCCACCCCAGCCCCUCACCCAGGCCAGCUGGCCAGUUCCAAGCCCUGGUGGUCGGUGUCGUGGGCGGCCUGCUGGGUAGCCUGGUGCUGCUAGUCUGGGUCCUGGCCGUCAUCUGCUCCCGGGCUGCACAAGGGACCAUAGAAGCCAGGCGCACCGGCCAGCCCCUGAAGGAGGACCCCUCAGCCGUGCCUGUGUUCUCUGUGGACUAUGGGGAGCUGGAUUUCCAGUGGCGAGAGAAGACCCCGGAGCCCCCCGUGCCCUGUGUCCCUGAGCAGACGGAGUACGCCACCAUUGUCUUUCCUGGUGGGCUGGGCACCUCGUCCCUGGCCCGCAGGGGCUCAGCCGACGGCCCUCGGAGUCCCCGGCCACUGAGGCCGGAGGAUGGACACUGCUCUUGGCCCCUCUGACCGGCUUCCUUGGCCACUGGUGUUCUGCAGACCCUCCACCAUGAGCCCAGGUCAGCGCCUUCCCUCAGGAGAAGCAGGCAGGGUGCAGGCCAUUGCAGGCCACCCAUGGGCUGAGCUGCCUGGGGGCGACGGGGGCGCCAGUAUGCACCUGCACCAGCCCCGCCGGGCACAGCCCCACCACAGGACUCAUGUCUCAGUGCCCACAGUGAGCCCAGGCAGCAGGUGCCACCAUCCCCUACAGGGAGGGCCAGAUGCAGUCACUGCUUCAGGUCCUGCCUGCACAGAGCUGCCUGUGCCCAGCUCCCUGAAUCUCUGCUGCUGCUGCUGCUGCCUGUGGCCCAGGGCUGAAGAUGCCAUGGCCCUGCCUGCUGCCCCGGGAGCCUCCUGCCUGAACUUGGGGGCUGGUUGGAAACUGCCUUGGAGCAGCCAAGGUGCCCCCGGCAGCGGCAUCCCGAGGCGCCCUGGACGCAGGGUCCAAGACUGGACACAGGGGUAGGAGGUGCAUGGGGCUGGGGGCUCCCCGGGAGUCAUUUGCUCCCCACAGGCCUAGAGAAGUUUUCAGGGAAGGCCAGAAGAGCUCCUGGCUGUGGUGGGCGGGGCAGGAAACCCCUAGACCUUCACACAUACCCAGGCAGCAUCUCAGGCCCUUUGUGGGGCAGGGAAACUGAGGCAGUAAGACGGCAGGCAGAGCUGGAGGCCCUUCAGGCCCAGUCAGCACUCUGGCCUCCCGCCGCCCCAUGCCACCAGCCCCUCACACCACUCAGGAGAGGGAUAUCCUAGGGUCCCAAGGUCAGGAGGGCAGGGCUGGGGCUGACUCAGGCCCCUGCCAGCUGUGGCCACCUGGGUGUUUUGAGGGCAGAGGUGCAGGCACCCAGGGUCCCCCCAUUUGCCCACCUUGGGGGCUCUCCUUGGCACCCAUUCACGAAAUUAUUUAAAGGAGUUUGGCCAGGCUCCCACCAGGGCCUGGGUGGGAAGGUACAGGCGUCCCCUCCUCGGCCUAGUACCCCCACCGCGGCCUGGCCACUCCUCACAUCCACACACUGCACCCCCACUCCUGGGGCGGGGCCACCAGCUUCCAGGCGGCCAGCGGGCACCUGAGUGGCUGGGACAAGGGACCCCCCUUUCCUGUGGUUCUGUUAUAUUAUAAUUAUAAUUAAAUAUGAGAGCAUG